AUGAUUCGAUUGGUUAAAUUUAGUGGAGAUGGUAUCAUACAUCGUGUAAAUAACAAUAGUAAUAGUGAAAAUGUUGAUAAGAAUAAUAGUAUUAGUGAUAGUAAUAUAAAUAAAAAUGAAAGUAAUAAUGUUUGUUUAAAUGGUGUAAAGCAUAAAGAUAAUAAUAAUAAUAGUAAUAGUAACAAUAGUAGUAGUAAUAGUAGUAGUAGUAGUAAUAAAGCAAUUUUAGAUUUAAUAAAUGGAAUAGGAAAAACAAACAUUAAUGGGAACAACAACAAUAAUAAUAACAGUGACGAUGAUGAUAAUAGUAAUAAUAAAAAAAUAGGUGAUAAAUUCAUUGAUUUAACAAAUGAUAUAGAUUGUAGUAAACUAUCGUUUUUCAAUAAAGAUCAACUGAGUCAGUUGGAGAGUAAAGGUUAUCUGGUGAUCGAUAACUAUAUAGGAGAAGAGUUGUUGCGCGCUGCCAAGUUGGAAUCUAUGUCAUUGUAUAGCGCAGGAAACAAGCUGCGAGAAGCCGCGAGGCGUGUGCAAGCUCGUCGUUUCAACUGGCGGAUCGCACACAGUCACAGCUGGCCAUCUACAAAUCGGGUGGUCGAUACAUCAAGCACAAAGACUCGUUCGUCGGCGGUAACAAUCUGGAAAACAGAGGAUGCUGGACAACUACGAUUGCACCUAUUCGGUGAGCACAUCGAUAUCGAUCCACUUGGUGACCGUCUCUUAAUAUUCCUUUCCGAGUAUGUUCCACAUGAAGUUUUGGUAUCAAACGCAAACGAAAGAAUAGCAAUUACAUCAUGGUUCUAUUGA